AUGAACGCCACUAUCGGAGAUCGUCUAUCUUUUGUCAAUCCCAUUGCUGUCAAUCGCUGCUACCAAGUUGGCUAUUCCAUUCUGUUUUUACUUGGUUUUCCAGGUAAUCUAGCUAGUCUGUUCACUUUCUCACGAGCGUCACUGCGAAAACUGUCAACAGCAUGUUUGUUCAUUGCUUUGGCAAUCUUCGACACACUGUAUUUAUUCAUGUGUAUCUUUGACUAUCUCGAAUUCGGUUUCUCGGUUUCGCUUUAUGGUCGACUUUCGUACGGUGAAUUUUGCCGAUUUCGGUAUUUCGUGAUGCAUGCUGCUCAGUUUGCUUCCGCGUGGAUCUUAGUCGUUGUUUCUAUCGACCGGUGGGUUCGCACGCGAUUUCCAUUCAAGUCCAAUCUAAUAUGUACGCCAGCAAAAGGACUGAUAGCAGUUGGUGUUGUUCUGAUCAUCGAUGUCGCCUUACAUUUCCAUUUGCUUACACGCUGGUUUGGAAUGCUUGUUCCUGGUUUAGCCAUCGCUGCAUGUGGACCAUCUUUCGCCCAACAAUCAUAUACAAUCUUCUAUUUCAUGUUCUGGAGUAUAAUUCAAAUAAUCACUACAUGUAUAAUUCCAGCAAUGAUUAUGUUCUUCAUCGUCAUUGAUAUUUUGGUCAGUGUUCAUGUUCGUAAACAAGCGUUUGUUCGACCAAUUCAUGCAUUCGCAGUUGGUAGGAAUGCUCAACACAGAAGAGCAGUUAACAGACAAAUGCUUAUACUGACAAUCGGAAGUGUUUGCUUCUUCUUUGUAACGGCACUUCCUGUUGGCAUUUAUAAGAUUAUCUCACCGCGAGAUUCAAAUCUAAUCAACAACUAUCUGUCGAUCAUAACCAUAUGGACAGGUCUUGGAUGGCUUCAAAGUCUGUUUCACGCAGUGAACUUUUACGUUCAUUGUUUGUGUUCAAAUUUAUUUCGAAGAGAAUUUCAAUUGCAAGUGAAAUAUAUGGUUGGCCAGAAAGAAACUCGAGUACAGAAAAUUGAGAUAGUGUGUCGAGAAUGAAUGGUAAAUAUAUUUUCCAUUGUCAUGUACUUUUUCCAAAUAAAUCAUUUCUUUCAAUAUCUUGACUUCUGAUUUCCUCGUCAGAUAUAACAGGGUUCAUUGAUAUUUUCUACUUUAAAAAAAAAUAUUGUUCUUUCAUUGUCAAUCCGUUAAUCAUCAUUUGAUUGGUAAACUAUCAAGUUUUUCAUGAUCAGCAGUACGGAAAAUGUUUGUUUAUGAUUUUCCCUACUUCCUCUCCGUCGCAUUCACUAAUGUGUGUUUUCGAUCAUUUCGAAUCCGGUGUUUCGGUAAUCGCUAUUCAUUCCGAAGAGAAACAUCAUUUUUACUCCAAACUACUCGGUGUUCUCACUUCGAACUAUAGGUAACAUUUGUUUGAAUUCUACGAUACUUUGUCAGGAAUUGAAAUAACAGAUGAAACAAUUUUCUCAUAAUGAUCGAGAUUUGAAAAAUGUUUAGAGAAGAAAUCCUCCAAGCUCGCAUAACAAUGAUGAUUCACUAGAACUUCACCUAUGCCAAAGAUAAACAUCGCUUUCUCUUUCUCUCUACGAGUUAUUUAAUCUUGUCCUCCAUUACUAAUAAGAUUCAUAUCUAACUG